AGACAACUCCAGUUCCAAUCUGGUCUUAUAGAUUUCUUUAUACUAAGGCUGUUUCAUAUGGGACUUUUUUUUUUUUUUUAAGGCCUUUUACUGAAAACGGGUCAGAAAAGUGCAAAAGUAUGAAUUUCUAAAAUCUGUCUAGCAGAGGGAGCUAUGUCUAGGGACAACUGUUCUUAUUAAGGACAGCUUUUGGUUUUCAGGGCUUUCCCUUAUGGUAAAACACUUGAGUAUAUCAUAGUAUAUGCCAUACCAUGCACUUCUCUUUUCUGUUCUUUUUCUUUGUAACCAGUUUCAAAUUCAGGAUGAGGAAUAGACUUACCCAAGAUAACAAAAGAACAAGAUUUUCUUAGGGAUCUGUGAGCAAGAGAACCCUCAGAAGUCAGGACAGGUAGGAGCGGAGGAACAGCUGCAAUGGCUUCAGGACAUUUGGUGAAACUACAGGAGGAGGUGACCUGCCCCAUUUGCCUGGAGCUUCUGAAGGAACCCCUGAGCCUUGGCUGUGGCCACACCUUCUGCCAAGCCUGCAUUACUGCAAAACACAAGGAGGCAGUGAUUAACCAAGAGGGGGAGAACAGCUGCCCUGUGUGCAGAAUCGGGUAUGAGCCUAGGAAUCUGCAGCCUAAUAGGCACCUGGCCAACAUAGUGGAGAGGCUCCGAGAGAUCGAGCUGAGCCUGAAGGAGCAAGAGGGAAAUCUGUGUGUGUGCCAUGGAGAGAAACUCCUGCUCUUCUGUGAGGAGGAUGGGAAGGUCAUUUGCUGGCUUUGUGAGCGGUCCCAGGAGCACCGUGGUCAUCACACAUUGCUCAUGGAGGAGAUUGCCAAGAAGUACCAGAAGAUGCUACAGGUAUAUCUGGAGAGGCUGAAGGGGCAGCAGCAGGAAGCUGAGGAGUUGGAAUGUGAUUUCAGAGAAAAGAUUGCUACCUGGAAGAAUCAAAUACAACAUGAGAGACAAAAUAUCCAGGCAGAGUUUAAAAAACUGAGAGUGAUUCUGGACAAUGAGGAACUAAAGAAACUGCAAGAGCUGAGCAACGAAGAGGAAGUUGGUCUACAUAACAUGGCAGACUCUGAGCAUGAGCUGGCCCAGCAGAGCCAGUUGGUGAGAGAUCUCAUCUCAGAUCUGGAGUGUCGUUUGCAGGGGUCAGCAAUGGAGAUGCUGCAGGAUGUGAACAGUGUCAUGCAAAGGAGUGAGACCUUGAUUCUGAAGAAACCAACAACUUUCUCCGAGGAACAGAGGAUAGUGUUUCGAGCUCCUGAUCUGAGAGACAUACUGCGAGUGUUUAAUGAGUUGAGAGAUGUGCAACGCCACUGGGUUCACGUGACCCUGAAUCCUCCCAAGGGUAUAUCAAGUGUUGCCAUUUCUGCGGAUGCGAGGCAAGUAAGAUAUGAGCACAAUCAUCAACAAUAUGCAUAUGUGAGACAAGUGAGAAAUGUGUACAAUCAGCAACAAUAUAAUCAAUAUUGCAAUAUUGAUUAUGAAAUUGAUUAUGAAGAUAAUGGUGUCCUGGGCUCCCCCGUUAUCACAUCAGGGAGACAUUACUGGGAGGUAGACGUGUCAGCGAAACGUGCCUGGAUCCUGGGGGUAUAUAGUGGAAAAUGCCCUGGAUAUAAUGCGAAGUUACCAGAGAAUAAGGGCCUAUUCCAGUGUUCAUUUGGUAACUACAAGCCUGCGCAUAUAUAUAGUGCACAGUCUCCAGCUGAAACCAGAGUAAAACAUCAAUCUGUUUACUCGAGAUAUCAACCUAAAUACGGCUAUUGGGUCAUCGAGUUAAAGCAUGGUUCUGUAUAUAAUGCUUUUAAUGAUUCUUCCUCCUCAGAUCCCUUGAUCUUACCUCUCUUCAUGAGUGUUCCUCCCUAUCGUAUUGGGGUUUUCCUAGACUACGAGGCUCGCACAGUCUCUUUUCUUAAUGUCACAAACCACGGGUUUGUCAUCUAUAAAUUCUCCUCAUGUUCCUUUUCUGAGAACACUUAUCCGUAUUUCAAUCCUAUGCAAUGUGAUGCCCCCAUGACUCUGUGCUCACCAGACUCUUGAAGCUUCUCACACCCUCUUCUCUGCAGUGCUGCGUGCUAUGGGUUCACUGUACACACCUCUGUGUACGGGCACCAUUCUCAUUUUUGUCCUCGCUCCCUCUCUUUUGUCUUUUAAAUGUCCUUUAUUCAUCAAUAGGGUAUACAAUAUUUUCCCCAAUAUCAUAUUUGCAUUGGGAGAAAAUCUUAAUUCACCAUUUUCCAUACCCCAAGGGAAAAGGACUAACGUCCCAUAAAGAAAGAGUAGUAUCAAGUUAGCCCCUCUGCCAAAUUGUUACAAUCUCAUUUCCUCUGCCCCUGGCUGAGAAGAUGAAGGAAAGCUUCUCAACAACUUUUGUGUAUUAUUAGAGACUUAGUACAGGAGUCAUUCACUAAAGAAAGCAUCCUGAGCAGUGUCUCUGUUUACCCAUGAUGUCCCUUAUUCACCAAGGAAUUAAGGAGAAAAUAUCAUAAAUGAUAUGUACUAAGAGUGGAAGUUUUGUGCCCAGAGUGUCUGAGUUCAAGUCGUGUCUCUCCACGUAUUAGCAGUGUAAUCUAGAAUAACCUCCCUAAAUGCUGUGUUUAUUUUCUGAAUGUAAUCUUGACAUAAAACCUGCACCAUACAUAAGAUCAUUGUCAGAGAUAAAUGCUAUUGAGUGUAAAACAUCUAAGUGUCUCAACUUAAUAAUAAAUAUUUGAUCUAUUAAUUACUGAAAAAUUCAA